CCAGCUGGGGCCCGCAUGAGUUUCUAGUUUGCCCUGUUCUCCGCCACCGCGCUUCGCCCUUCUCCACCACCACCCUCCGCUUCUUCUCCAUCGUCGUCAACUGCCACUGUCGUCCUCCCCCCGUUCAUCGUGCGCCAUUCCGAUCUUUUCCGUAGAGACCUCAUUUUUUCUAGACGAUUAUCCCGGCAUGCGCACGGGAAAAUAAAAGGUGGAAAGGUUUCGUGGAUCAAAUAAUCAGCCGAAAUGGUUGUCAUGGAAAAUUUCCUGUAAAAGUUUUUAUGGGGAAUCAAAUGGCGGUUUGAAUUUCAAAUUCUACAGGGCGUCGAACGCCUCCUAUUCUCUAGUUAUCGUUUCGUCAAUGGGGAAAGAAGCUCGUCAGCAACAGAGCUCCGAGAAGGCCAAGGCAUCCAUAACUCAUGGUUUUGAUUCAGUCUCUGGUCUACCCACGAAGAUUCUGGUGGGUUUCAUGAUGCUGAUUGUAUUGUUGUGGAAGAUAAAGAGAAGGAUCAUCCUGGAAUGGUGACACUCGAUUGUUGAGCGGUGGGCCUUUGGAAGAUAGAAAAGCAUGGCGGAUUUCUCACUUGGUUUUCUCUUGCCUUUGUUGCUCCUUAUAGGUUCAUUGCUUAACUGGAGCUUGAUUUCUUUCAUCAAUUUGUUGGCUUUUCUCAUCAUACAGUAUGUUGGUCCAAGAAGAGGAAUUCAUUCCCGGCUGAGGUCUCUUGUGCUGCUAGUUUUGUUCAUUUUCUCAGCAGUUACUGUUCUAUCGGAAACUAUGUUUUAUGGAAUUUGGCUGAUUAUGGGGAAAGAGUGGAGUUUAGCAUAUAGUUGGUGGGCAAAGCUUAUUGGAUUUGUUAGGCUUGAACCCACAAAAUCUCCUGGAACUAUUGUUUACUUCUUGGUUAUACAGCUUGUGGUCGCUGCAAUUUCUUUUUUUGAAGUUCGCAGAAUUAGGUUUGGUUAUGAAAUUCUGGAAGGGUCAUGUUGUUGGGGAAGUAAUUUAUUUAUGCAAUCUAUUGGUUCUCGCCUUAGGAUCACUUGCUGCCUAUUAUUGCCUCCUGUCCAGUUAGUUGUUGGCAUUACUCGUCCCUCUUGGGUUUCUCUUCCAUUCUUCUUGUGUAGCUGUAUUGGUCUUGUUCACUGGUCACUUUCCAGCAACUUUUUGGGCCUUUUCUGGUGGUGGAGGCCUCUGCUGCUUUAUUCUGCUUUCAACAUCGUAAUGCUUUACAUAUUCCAGCUUCCCAUUCAGUUACCGAAGAUAGCCCAAGUGUUGGCUGAUUUCCUUGGGUUUUAUAAAGCAUCUGCAAGUUCAGAGUGGCUUGAAAUUUUGUCUGGAAUUUCACUUCUCUUGUUCUAUUUCAUGCUUUCAAGUGCUAAACAAGACCUAGAAGAAAUGGACUUCAUAAUGUCAAUGCAAGAAAGCAGCUUGAGUGAACAGCUUCUACCAUCAAGGCAUUCAUUUUUUAUCAAACAAUCGAGAUCUGGUGUGAAGCACACCAAUGUAUUCCUAAGGGGUUCGAUCUUCCGAAAUUUCAGUAUCAAUUUCUUCACUUAUGGCUUUCCGGUGUCAUUACUUGCUCUUUCCUUUUGGAGCUUCAAUUUUGCAAGUCUAUGUGCUUUUGGAUUGGUAGCAUAUGUUGGCUAUAUAUUAUAUGCCUUCCCUUCAUUGUUUCGUUUGCAUCGGCUGAAUGGAUUGCUCCUCGUUUUCAUCCUCCUUUGGGCUGCAAGUACCUAUGUCUUCAAUGUGGCAUUCACACUUCUGAACCGAAAAUUACGAAAGGAUAUGGAAAUUUGGGAAACUAUUGGUCUAUGGCACUAUCCUAUACCAGGUUUCUUUCUACUUGCACAGUUUUGCCUUGGGGUACUAGUAGCUAUGGGUAAUCUUGUCAACAACUCAGUUUUCCUGUACCUGUCUGAUGGAGGCACUCAAGCUUCAAGUGGUGAUGCUACUGUUGAGGAAAAAGAGGAGACCAAGGUGCUUUUUGUUGCUACAAUUGCUUGGGGAUUGCGCAAGUGCUCUCGAGCCAUUACUCUGUUUUUGAUAUUUCUUCUUGCAAUGAAGCCGGGAUUUAUCCAUUCCAUCUACAUGAUCUUCUUCUUAGUGUAUAUCUUGAGCCACUCAAUUAGCAGAAAAGUUCGACAAUCUUUGAUACUUCUAUGUGAGGCACAUUUUGCUUUGCUGUAUAUCCUUAAUCUCAACAUGAUCUCUAAGGCUUUGAAGCACAAAGGUUCUGUUAUAACCGAAAUCUUAUCACAGCUCGGUCUCUUAGAUCGUGUUACUGCCCUGGACUUUCUAAAGAUUGUGGUGCUUUUGUGUUUUUGUGCUAUUCAGAACCAUGGAUUCAAGAUGCUAUAUUCUUUUUCUGAUAUUCUGCAGCACACUUCACAUCCUCCCAUUGGCUUCAGUAUUUUGAAAGCUGGCCUUAGCAAAUCAGUUCUCCUCUCUGUUUAUUCGUCUCCAACUGCUAGGGAUAGUCAGUUUCGCAGUUUUUCUUUUUCACACGAGAAGUGGGUGGCAACAUAUCUCAGUGCGAUUGGGGAGAAAUUCCUAUCAACAUACCGGUCAUAUGGGACAUACAUUGCCUUCUUGACUAUUUUGCUUACGGUCUACUUGGUGGUUCCUAAUUAUAUAUCUUUUGGAUACCUUUUCUUUCUUCAAUUUUGGAUUAUUGGCAGACAACUUGUGGAGAAGACAAGAAGGCGCCUAUGGUUACCUUUAAAGGCAUAUGCCAUCUUGGUUUUUGUAUUCACUUACAGCUUAAGUGUCUUUCCCAGCUUUCAGCUCUGGAUUUCACGGAUUGUGAAUCUUUAUACACAGCUGGGAUAUGACCCCAAAGCCUCACUGUUGGAGAAUGUCUGGGAAUCGUUAUCUGUUCUGAUUGUAAUGCAACUUUAUAGUUAUGAGAGAAGACAGAGCAGGUAUCAUGAUAAAUCUGUCAGUUGCUACUUGCAUGAAAUCGGCGUUCUUGGGUUCCUCAAAAGGUUACUGGCCUGGCACAGUGAGAAAAUCUUAUCUGUAUCAGUAUUUUAUGCUUCUGUAUCUCCAAUAAGUGCAUUUAGUUUCAUCUAUCUUUUAGCACUGGUUGUCUGUUCAGUUUUACCUAAAGCUUCUCGUAUUCCAUCCAAGUUUUUCUUGGUUUAUACAGGCAUUCUUGUUACUUUUGAAUACCUUUUCCAGAUGUGGGGCAGAGAUGCAGAAAUGUUUCCUGGUCAGAAGUAUGCAAAUUUGUCUGUCUUUCUUGGACUACAAGUAUUCAGUUCUGGAUUUUGGGGAAUUGAAGCAGGUUUGAGGGGGAAAAUACUUGUUAUUGUUGCAUGUACUCUUCAGUAUAAUGUUUUUCACUGGAUAGAGAAGAUGCCCAGCACUUUGAAAAAUUCUGGAAAAUGGGAAGAGCCUUGCCAUCUAUUUGUAUUACGUGAACACACUCCAGCUAGUACUUCUGUUUCUUUGCAUUCAACUGACAUCUCUCCAGCAUCUGCAAACAAGAGGGCUUCAAGCUUUAGCUUAUCGCCAUGUUUUAUCUCACAAAGAAAUCAGGAUUCGGGAUCUGUGCAUGUUGAUGCUGGAGGUUUGGACAAUCAAGCAAGAAGUUCAUGUGGAUCUGCAAAUGGAGGUUCCCAUGAAAGUCACCAGUGGCGUAGGAAGUCCAUACAUGUCCUUAGAAAAGCAAGAUUUGAUAUGCAGAUGAAAACAUUGAGAAUAUUUAUGAACUAUUGGACAGAAAAUGUGUUUAAUCUGUUUGGCUUAGAGAUAAACAUGAUUGCAUUGUUGCUUGCAAGCUUUACCGUGUUAAAUGCCAUGUCACUGUUCUACAUUUUAUGCCUUGUUGCUUGUAUUCUGUUAAGUCGGCGGCUCGUCCACAAGCUAUGGCCUUUAUUCUUUGUCCUUUUUGCAACAAUUUUAAUUACUGAAUAUUUUGCCGUCUGGAAACAUCUGAUGCCUUGGAAUCAAGUGGUACCUCGCAAGGAAGAAAUAUGCUGCCAUGAUUGCUGGAGCAAGUUCAAUGCAAAUUUUGACUACUGCAAAAGCUGCUGGCUAGGAACCAUUGUGGAUGAUCCAAAAAUGCUAAUAAGCUACUACUUGGUUUUCAUUUUUGCAUCUUUUAAGCUUCGUGCGGACCAUUUAUCAAAUUUCAAUGAAUCAAAUGCAUAUCCUCAAAUGGUACCUCAUCGGAGCAAUCCUUUGGUCUGGGGGGACCUUUCAUUUGAAAUUAAAAGCGAGUGGACCAUUCUUGACUAUCUGAAACUUUAUUCUUAUUGUCAUUUGCUGGAUGUAGUUCUCUGCCUGAUACUUGUUACUGGGACCCUAGAAUAUGAUAUCCUACAUCUUGGAUAUCUUGGUUUUGCUCUGGUAUUUUUUCGUAUGAGGCUUGAAAUACUGAAGAAGAAAAACAAGAUUUUCAAGUACUUGCGCAUGUACAAUUUUGCUGUUAUUGUUCUGUCGCUUGCCUACCAAUCUCCCUUUUUUGGUGGCACAGUUGUUGAAAAAUGUGAAACGAUAGGUUUUAUAUAUGAAGUCAUUGGAUUCUAUAAAUAUGAUUAUGGAUUCAGAAUCACAUCUCGUUCUGCAUUGGUUGAGAUAAUCAUCUUCAUAUUAGUAUCUGCACAAUCAUACAUAUUUCGCUUGAGAGAAUUUGAUUAUGUGUCACGAUAUCUUGAGGCUGAACAAAUUGAUGCCAUAUGGCGUGCUAAAACAAAAAAAGCUGCUUGGAGGACUGCUCAGCUGCAGCAUAUUCGUAAACUGGAAGAGCAGAAACGCCAACGCAAUUUACAGGUUGAGAAAAUGAAAGCUGAAAUGCUCAAUCUGCAGAAUCAGCUUGACAGUAUUAAUUCACCAGGGAAAUGCAGCAGCCCUUGUCCAGAGGUUGAAGUUGGUCAGCAGAAGCAUUCUCUUCUUUAUCAGCGUAAAGUGCCUAAAGCUCCAACUGAAGAGGAACAGGUAAACAAGGAAACAAAACUGAAUCAUGAUGGUAUUUCUCUCAACCGUUCUGGUUAUACGUCCAAGUCGAAGAUUUCUGAAGCCGAGAAUAAUAUACCACCUGGAAGGAAUCACAUUCAAGAUUUGGAUUCUUCAGAACUGAUGUCAUCAUAUAGCUUCGGUGAUUCUUCUUUUUGUGAGAUCACUGAAAUUGAUGAAAAAAAUGAAAAUACAAUUGAUAGUUCAAAUCUGAGGGAGAAAAAGAAAGUCAGCAAUAAGGAAAACCCUUUGAUAUCUGCUGUACAUCUUAUAGGUGAUGGUGUUUCUCAAGUCCAGUCCCUUGGAAAUCAAGCAGUUACUAAUAUUGUAAGCUUCUUGAAUAUAGAGAAUGAUGAGUCUCAUUCAAAUGAAAAUGCGGAGGAUGUGGAAUAUGGUGAAUUGCUGGCUCAGAGACAUUCAGGGAUUCCCGGACAUGAACAUCUGGACCGGACAUCUUCAAAUCUUUCAAGUAGUGAAAAUGUUCUGUUCAGUACACAAAUUGGGAAAAUCUUCCAAUACAUAUGGACCAAAAUGCAAGCCAAUAAUGAUGCUGUGUGUUUCUCUUGCUUUAUUCUUGUAUUCCUUUGGAACUUCAGUGUGCUGUCAAUGGUUUACCUUGCAGCGUUGUUCUUGUAUGCACUAUGCGUGAAUCCGGGUCCUGGUCAUGCAUUCUGGGUUAUCAUGUUAAUCUACACUGAGGUCAACAUACUGGUGCAGUAUUUGUAUCAGAUAAUUAUUCAACAUUGUGCCCUGAAUUUUCAUCCUGAUCUUUUAUCAAGGUUGGGCUUUCCUGCUCAUAGAAUCACAUCGUCAUUUGUUGUCAGCACCCUGCCUCUUUUCCUGGUAUAUAUAUCAACCCUCUUACAAAGUUCUAUUACUGCCAAAGAUGGUGACUAUGCAUCAGUUUCAGGUUUCAAGGACUUUGGUAGGCAACUCCUUUAUCAUGAUGAGGUGUUUCUGCAGUAUGGAUUAAUGGAAUGGUUAAAACAUCUUGCAUCACCUGUCAUGAAUCUAUUGAAAAUAGUAAGACAAAGCUUUUUUAGCUACUGGAGGUCUCUUAUACAUGGAUCAGAGGCCCCUCCAUAUUUUGUUCAACUGUCUUUGAAAGUUGAUGUGCCACCUGAAUAUGAAAUACAACUUGAUAGAAUAGAAUCGGGAAUCAACAAUCUGCUUAAAGCAGCUCAUAAUGAAAGAUGUGAUAGAAAAUCUUUUGGUGCCAGCCAUUCUUAUAGUCAUGUUCGUGUUCAAAGCAUUGAAAGAAGCCCAGAAAGCUCUGAUGUGGUUUUGGCAGUUUUUGAAGUCAUGUAUGCUUCCCCUUUGACAGAGUGCGCUGCAAGUGAUUGGCAUACAUCACUUACUCCAGCUGCAGAUGUUGCAUCUGAAAUUCUUAGAGCUCAAGCAAUUGGCCUUGUUGAGGAGUCUGGGUUUCCUUACUCCAUAAUAUCUGUCAUUGCUGGAGGAAAAAGAGAAAUUGACCUUUACGCGUACAUUUUUGGGGCAGACAUGGCAACAUUUUUUCUCGUUGCUGUUCUAUAUCAAUCUGCUAUUAAAAACAACAGCAAGUUUCUUGAUGUAUAUCAGCUUGAAGAUCAAUUCCCUAAAGAAUUUGUAUUUGUUUUGAUGGUUCUGUUUUUCCUCAUUGUUCUUGAUCGCAUUAUCUAUCUUUGCUCAUUUGCUGUGGCAAAAGUUAUUUUCUACUUGUCCAAUCUUGUUCUGUUUACAUACUCUGUGACCGAGUAUGCUUGGUACUUGGAGCUUACCAGACAACAGGGAGGAGGUUUGGCACUUCGUGCAAUCUAUCUCACAAAAGCAGUUUCCUUAGUGCUUCAGGCUUUGCAGAUCAGAUACGGAAUUCCACAUAAAAGUGCUUUGUAUCAGCAAUUUUUAACUAGCAAAGUUUCACAUAUUAAUUAUCUCGGAUUUCGGCUUUAUCGUGUUUUGCCAUUUCUUUAUGAAUUGCGAUGCGUGCUUGACUGGUCAUGCACAUCUACAUCGCUGACAAUGUAUGAUUGGUUAAAGUUGGAGGAUAUCUAUGCAAGCUUAUAUCUUGUCAAAUGUGAUGCGGAUUUGAAUAGAGCAAGACAUCAACAAGGACAGAAGCAAACCAAAAUGACAAAAUUUUGCAGUGGGAUUUGCCUCUUCUUCAUAUUGAUCUGUGUUAUAUGGGCACCAAUGCUGAUGUACAGUAGUGGGAAUCCCACAAAUAUAGCCAACCCUGUCAAGGAUGCUAGUGUCCAGGUCGAUAUUAAAACUACAGCUGGAAGGUUGACUCUGUAUCAGACAACCCUCUGUGAAAUGCUUCCUUGGGAAGAGCUCGAGGCAUCUGGUUUUGAACUUGACCGCCAGGGUUAUCUGGAAACGUACAACGUUAAUGACAUUCAGUUGAUUUGCUGUCAAGCUGAUGCCAGUUCUGUAUGGUCACUCCCUCACCCGGUCCAGUUGAAAUUUAUGGAUUCACUGGAUGACAUGCACAUUUUCUUCUCAUGGGUGUUGACUAGGGACAGGCCAAGAGGCAAGGAGGUUGUGCAGUACAGAAAUCCAGUUGAACAUCCUCCAGAUCCUUUAAAACUCAAAAAGUUACUAAACGGAACAGCAAAGAGUGUCAGGAUUAACAACGUAUAUCCAAGAUAUUUUAGGGUCACAGGUUCUGGUGAAGUACGACUAUUUGAAGAAGAUGUGGAGUCAGUUAGUGGUGAUCUUGUUUUGAAUCAUGGAAGUACGCAGUGGUGGUCAUUUCAUGAUGCAAAUGCAUCAGUCAUGGAAGAAUUUUGUAGGGGCUUAAAAGGACCUUCAGCAAUUGUCAUAUCAGAGGAGACACCACAGGGAAUCCUUGGGGAGACUCUUAGCAAGUUUAGCAUCUGGAGUCUGUACUUGACAUUCGUGCUGGCAGUUGGUCGGUUUAUCAGGUUGCAAUGUUCUGACCUCAGGAUGAGGAUACCUUAUGAAAACCUUCCCACCUGUGACAGAUUGUUAGCAAUAUGCGUAAAUAUUUAUGCUGCAAGAGCAGAAGGAGAACUAGAAGUUGAAGAAGUACUCUAUUGGACAUUAGUGAAAAUAUAUCGGUCACCUCACAUGCUUCUUGAAUACACCAAACGUGAGUGACCAUUGACACCGUACCUUGUCAGCCACCUCUUGUAUCAAAUUCAGGGUUCGACCAGCCUCGAGCAGAUGAAAGAAUCAUGGUGAAAUUCUGCAUGGAAAUUAUUUGCAGGUGUUUUGUAUGCUCAAUCCUUAACUUGCAGUGGUCAACAAGAUACGUCGUGUCAGCUUGAGCCGCUCCCCGUUUGGAGCAACUUGGUGUAGCAUAUGAAGAACUGAGAACCGAUUUCAUGGUUAGCUUGUCGUGCAGGAAUUAUAACUUUACAUAUAUACCUUAAAAGGGAUCAACUAUACAGGUCACACGGUUCCAGAGGCAUACUGUUCUUUAUUAUGUGAAAAAGGCGUAACUGCACAUGUAUAUUCUUGAAGAUGCGAGGUGGUCAUUUCAUUCCAGUAAGCGUGAAUCUCUUUGUGCAUAAUCACGGCCUCUAUUCUGCCAGUAUAUGGCCGACUGACUUGUCUCAUUGUAAAUGCCGUUCUACGCAAUGUCGGUUCUUUUAUAUGAUUCUGUAAUUGAAGAUGCGAGGUGAACAAUCACACGAGCAUCAAUCAUUGAAGAUCCAAUCAAUUGAAUAUAUUUUCGUACUGGAUUA